AUGGACUAUUUUAAACAAACCUCGCCGAAUGAAUAUCGAUUCCUAGACUAUUAUCUGCACUGCCAGAAGCAAGACGAUUUUACGUAUUCUUUCCGACGAGAAGCUGAUAAGCUCCAACGUUGCUUAACUUUACUUGCAUAUGAUAAAUCGGAAGAUGUCAGAAUUGGUACCGCUCGUUUGUUGUCUAGUUUCGAGGGGCAUCGAACAAAAUAUGAGGACGUUAACAUAUUUUGGAAACAGAUUGAGAGUGAAAAUUCAAUCGAUAGUGCUGAGAUCCGCUGGUAUUGUUGUACAGCACUUACGAGUGUAGAAGAAAAGAUGAAGCAGAAUCGGAAAUGUGCAAGUGUGGAUGAAGAGCGAUUCCCAAAAAUCAACAAAUAUGUGACGCCUACAAGAGAGUUACCUAGCGACAACUCCCCUACGUUGCCUCAUCGUAAACGGAUGCGUGAAGAUCUUCAACCAAAUUUGGUGGAGACCGUUGGUCGUUCCGCCACAAAAAUCUAUCUUCAAAUCGUGAAAAUAUACUUUACAAUCUUGGAUACGCUACUUAACGAUCCAUACGUCUUUGUGGAUGAAAAUAACAAAGAAACAAAGCUAACGGAGAUGGAAUUUGUUCUCAAAACAGUGGCCCCGGUUAUGGACAUUAUAUUUUCAGAUAUCAAUCAUCUUGUUAGACUUCGAUGGGGGGAAACUGUAUCGAAGGCUAGCACCGCAUGUAGAAAAAUAGAUCUGAAAAUUGAGACUCGAGGGCAAUGCAUAGAGCUCAGUCAUACGGAAUGUGCACGAUCACCUACACCGGCCAAAAUCUGCAUCCUUGACAAUAUUUUAAAACGGAACAUUUCUGAUCAAGCUGUUGAAGAUUCAGCAGUGUUUGCUUUCCAAUUCGCUGGAUUAUAUGGUCAACUCCUUGCUGUGGAUUUGUUUGAUAAUGGUCUAUACUUUUGCUUGGAAGGACCUGACUUCAAGUUUCCUUCGCAAUUACCUAAUAUCAAACCUCUGCGCCAAACAUUAGAGGAACGUAUAAUUCAGAAGGCUACUAUUCUGUUACAAUUCGAUACACAAAUAAACCCAUAUAAAAAAAUUUUCCAUAGUAUUGAUGAGAAGCAACCGGAACCAAAACAUAAAAAGAUCAAAUUCAUCAGAUCAACAUAUUUCACACCACGAAAAC